AUGGAGAUAAAGCUACUGAUGGUCUUCUUGGCCUGCUUGCUAUCUUCCAUUAACAACAGAGGUGAAGCGGCCAGCUGCUCGCUGGAGAACAUCGUGGUGAAGCAGACGGCGACGGGAGGGUGGGCCCACGGGCAGCCGGAGUACGCUGUGACGGUGAGCAACAUGUGCGGGUGCCCACAGUCCGGCGUCCAGGUGGCGUGUGACGGCUUCGACACCACCCUGGCCGUCGAUCCGGCCAAGCUCCGGCCGGCUGCCGGCGGCAACCUCUGCCUAGUCAACAGCGGCGACCCCGUUGUGCAGGGCCAUGACAUCACCUUCAGCUACGCGUGGAGCUCGCAGUUCAAGUUCACUCCCGUCUCCUCCACCGUCAAGUGCUAA